AUGGCUGUCACUGCUUCUACCACAACCACUACUACUCACCAAUCCAAGUCCUCCUCAAGAGAGGAACGAGAUUGUGCCAAAGUAGCUCCAGCGACUCCAAGUUCACAUGACGUUGCAGUCACCAAAUCUUCCUUAAAAGGAAUUUCAUUCAGACACAUUCACUACAAUGCAGAUAUUGUUGAAACCACAUCAGAUCGUCCAUGGAGACCAUAUCCAUGGUGUUUGUGGCCAGAUUGGUUUAGUGCAUUUUUAGGAUUGUGCAUUAUGGCUCCAUUGACUCCACCAGUUAUAGUUUUAUUGACCUUGUCAAAUGUUUGGAUGACAGCGAUUAAGAAUUCAUGGAAUUUGUUUUUAUCUAGGGUUCCCUUGAUUCGAUCCAUUCCAGAUUUGGUUUAUGAGAAAUUUGCUAAAUAUGCUGCUAAGAAAAUUAUGAACAAUGAGAAAAAUUCAGAGUUCAUUCCUUCAUUGUUGUGGUUAACGGUGUUGUGCCCAACUAUUUUUGGAGUUGCUGUGUAUAGAUUCUACCAUUAUGGAUUCGAAUUUUGGUUCUUCUUCCUUUAUCACUUACUUCGUUUGGGUCCUCGUUUUCGAUUCUUUACUCAUUUACACGUCCUUUUGCACAAGGAAGGUCACGACCACAUUGGAUUCUUCAAUGACAAGACAUUCCUUUGUAAAUUGAACCAUUGGUAUGUUCAAUGGUUCUUGGGACCUUUUUACGGCCAAGUUCCAAAUUCAUAUUGUAUCGGUCACAACAAGAUUCAUCACAAAUAUGACAAUGGUUUGGAUGACGUUCAUACCAAUAUUGAUUUAGAUCGAACUAAAUCUUGGAGUUUUAUCAUGUAUGCACCAAGAUUUGGCUCUUACUGGGUUGGUACUUCAUGCUUCUUCCAUUUUCUUGUGCAUGGUGAAUACAAGUUUGCAUGGGACAUUUUGAAAGGAAUGAUUGUUUAUUAUGGAUUGUGGAUGUUGAGUUACUAUUCAAUGGGAUUUACUUUCACUUUUUCUUAUGUGAUUUUACCUCAAUUGGAAGCUAUUGUCUUCUUUGCAGCCAUUUCUUACAUGUGGCACUUGUGGAUUGAUCCUAAAGAUCCAACCAAUCCAUACAUUAACUCAGUGACCAUUGUGCAUGGACAUGAUAACGUUUGGGGUGAAGACUAUCAUGCCAUUCAUCAUCAUGCUGUUUCUGUUCAUUGGAAUGAUGCUGACGCUCAUUAUGAUCUCCAUGAACAAGAAUAUGCCGAUAACCAAGCAACCAUGUUCACAGAUUGUGAAGAAGGUGUCUUGUUGUAUUGGAUCUUUAGCCAACAAUGGGAUGAAGUUGCCAAACACUUUGUUGACAAGAGUGGCAAAAUGACUCUUGAAGAAAAGAAGGAACUUGUCAUGAAGAGAGCUCGAUGUACUUUUGGUAAGAAGACCCAAUACGGAUGGAAACACAUGCUGCAAUUCUUUUUGGGAAAGCUUAAAUCCAAUUAA